GCCCCCGGGCAGCUGAGCGGCCGGGACCACAACCCCCAGCAGGCCCCGCGGCCGGGCCGACCGGCAUGGCGGAGGGCGGCGGCAGCAGCAGCGAGGACGAGGCGGCGGCGGCUUCGGCCUUGGCGCGCUUGCGGGAGGCCACCUGGGAGCCGGCGCGGUCACGGAGUCCCCCGGCCGGUAUAUUUAAGAAGCGCAAGUUCCCAUCAGCUGAACCUAGCAUCAGAGAGUGGAUCAGCGACCAGGGACAGGAUGGAAAUGAACUGCAGACCACCCCCAGCUUUCGAGCACAUGUCGCAAAGAAACUGGCAGCCAUCCUGGACAGUUCAAUUAGUCCUGUGGAGCCCCCGCCCUGGCCAGGGCCGAGUGAUGUGACCGUCUCGGAGACAGAAGACGAUGGCUUUCGCCUCUUUUCUUCAUCUGUCCCCGGAGACUGUGGGACGCCGGAAGCUUUGCCCCCCGGGAGGAGGCGGCUGCAGCGCUCCAGCUCCAGCGAGCUGGACAGCGACCAAGAAUGGCAGAGAUGCCGGGAAGCUGCUGUGAUGGCCGCAGACAUCCUCAGGCAAGGUGGGUUGCUGAUGCCAUUGCAGGAUUGCAGCCAGAGCUGCCAGGCCGCAGUGCCCCCCGGAAAGAAGACAGUGCCCGAAGCACAGAGAACACGCGACAAAGAGCAGGAGGCAGUCGGCACGGCACAGAACGGCCGAGCCGCUGCCAAGACGGAGGGCUCCUCGUGCCUUGGUGUAAUGGCGAAGAAGAAGAAGAAGAAGAAACAGAAGAAAGUCCACACAGAGUGAUGGUUCCACCAACCCCUGGUGCCAGGGAGAGCUGUUGGGUUGUGGAGGGUAGCCCUGUCGCGCCAUCAGCAGAAAGGGGCUCUGUGGCGUCGUAAAGACGGGUGCGCUGAUGCUGGUGGCCCUGGGCUGCGUGUCCUAGCGGGUGAGCAGAGGAACAGGCCGAACGAGUGACUGCGCUGUUGGAGCAAAUGGGCUCUCCGCCGGGCCCGCCAAAGCAGCUGCUCCAACCAGCAGCGAGGAAGUGCCUCCUCUCCAUUCCCGGCAUGUGGCCACCAGAACACGUCCCCCAUGUUCCACUGCCUGUCUUUGAGGUUCUGCUCAGAGUGGAAUGCGGCUUCAUUUUUAGAGACAAGCAUAUUCUUUCAGUGCUCCCUCCCAAAUUUAUUUUUUAUUAAAUCUGUCAAAGGGCAUUAGAAUUUA